AAGAACAGCUCUCUCAGCCAGAGCCAAAGUGAGUGUGAAACCUCUUUCAAACUCUAUAUAGUGCCAUAAUUUUGACAUUCUGGACUCCAGGACUGGGCUACUGAGAUCCUGGGCACACGUGAAGCUCUUGUGAACCACAGUUUCAGAAAGAGCAAUGGAAAUUGGAUGGAUGACCAGUCUGAGACGAAGGCAAGUCCUAGUUUUGUUUGUUUUGCUGAGCGUGUCUGGGGCGGGAGCCGAGUUAGGGCUCUAUUCAGUAGUGGAAGAAACGGAGAAAGGUGCCUUUGUGGCAAAUCUGGGAAAAGACCUAGGGUUGGGGUUGGCGGAGAUGUCCACCCGCGCGGCUCGUAUCAUUUCUCAGGGGAACAAAGAGCAUUUGCAGCUCAAGGUUCAGACUGGGGAUUUGCUCGUAAAUGAAAAACUAGAUCGAGAGGAGCUAUGUGGUCCAACCGAGCCUUGCAUAGUACAUUUCCAAGUGUUAAUGGAAAAACCCUUAGAGGUAUUUCAGGCUGAACUGAGAGUGCAAGACAUAAAUGACCAUUCUCCAGUGUUUGCUGAAAGAGAAAUGAUUCUAAAAAUACCGGAGAACAGUCCUCUAGGAAUCGCAUUUCCUCUGAGUAAUGCUCUGGACUUGGAUGUAGGAAACAAUAAUGUUCAGAACUAUAAAAUUAGUUCCAACUUCCAUUUCCGGGUUCUAACCCGCAGUCGCAGCGAUGGCAGAAAAUACCCUGAGCUGGUGUUGGACAAAGAGCUGGAUCGGGAGGAGAAGCCUGAAAUCCUAUUAACCCUGACGGCACUGGAUGGCGGCUCUCCGCCUCGGAAUGGGACGGCCCAGGUGCGCGUUGAAGUGGUAGACAGCAACGAUAAUGCCCCGGAGUUUGGGCAAUCUCUCUACAAGGUGCAUAUUCUGGAAAGCAGCCCAGUAGGCUCCCUGGUGGUCACUGUCUCUGCCAGCGAUUUAGACAGUGGAGUUAAUGGAAAAAUAUCAUACACAUUCUUUCAGCCUUCAGAAGAUAUUACCAGAACUUUGGAAGUAAAUCCUAUGACAGGCGAAAUUCGCCUGAGAAAACAACUAGAUUUUGAAACAGUUCUAUCUUAUGAAGUGGACAUCAAGGCCACUGAUGGCGGAGGUCUCUCAGGAAAAUGCACUCUCCUCCUGCAGGUGGUGGAUGUCAACGAUAAUCCCCCACAAGUGACCAUGUCUGCACUUACUAGCCCAAUCCCAGAGAACUCUCCUGAUGUUGUAGUUGCUGUUUUCAGUGUUUCUGAUCCUGAUUCCGGAGAAAACGGGAAGACUAUUUCCUCCAUCCAGGAUGACCUUCCUUUCUUUCUAAAACCUUCAGUCAAGAACUUUUACACUUUGGUAACGGAGAGAGCACUAGAUAGAGAAGAAAGAGCCCAGUACAACAUCACCAUCACCGUCACCGACCUGGGGACACCCAGGCUGAAGAGCGAGCACAGCAUCAGCGUGCAGGUCGCCGACGUCAACGACAACGCCCCGGCCUUCAGCCAAAGCGCCUACACCCUGUGGGUCCGCGAGAACAACAGCCCCGCCCUGCACAUCGGCAGCGUGAGCGCCACCGACCCGGACUCGGGCGCCAACGCGCGGGUCACCUACUCGCUGCUGCCGCCCGGCGACGCGCGCCUGCCGCUGGCCUCGCUGGUGUCCAUCAACGCGGACACCGGGCAGCUGUUCGCGCUGAGGCCCCUGGAUUUCGAGGCGCUGCGCGCCUUCGAGUUCGGCGUGGGCGCGGCCGACGGCGGCUCGCCGGCGCUGAGCAGCCGGGCGCUGGUGCGCGUGCAGGUGCUGGACGCCAACGACAACGCGCCCGUCGUGCUGUACCCGCCGCAGAACGGCUCUGCGCCCUGCACCGAGCUGGUGCCGCGCGCGGCCGACGCGGGCUACCUGGUGAGCAAGGUGGUGGCGGUGGACGGCGACUCGGGCCAGAACGCCUGGCUGUCGUACCAGCUGCUCAGGGCCACGGAGCCCGGGCUGUUCGGCGUGUGGGCGCCCAGCGGCGAGGUGCGCACGGCCCGGCUGCUGAGCGAGCGCGACGCGCCCAGGCACAGGCUGGCGGUGCUGGUGCGCGACCACGGCGAGCCGCCGCUGUCGGCCACCGUCACGCUGCACGUGCUGCUGGUGGACGGCUUCUCGCAGCCCCACCUGCCGCGGGCCGAGGCGGCGGCCGAGCAGGCGCGGGCCGAGCCGCUCACCGUGUCCUUGGUGGUGGCCCUGGCGGCGGUGUCGUCGCUCUUCCUGCUGUCGGUGCUGGGCGUCGUGGCGGCGCGGCUGUGCGCGAGGGCCCGGGCGGCGUCCGCGGGGGGCUGCUCGGGGCCCGGGGGCGGCCUUGCGGGCCCCGUGGUGGACGUGAGCGGCGGCGGGACGCUGUGCCAGGCCUACCGCUAUGAGGUGUGCCUGUCGGGAGGCUCGGGAACCGGCGAGUUCAAAUUCUUUAAGCCGAUUAUCCCCAGUAUUCAGGCAGAGUGCUCUGGGAGGAAUAUGGUAGAUAAUCCCUUCUUGUAAUAGAUUUUCAUUUAAUUUUCAGUAAUAAUUCUUUUUAUAGUUUCUUGUAUUUUCAAGUGUUAAACAACCAUAUCGAUAUUUAGUUCUAAAACUUCAAGUUAAAUUAUUAUGGACCAUAAAGGCAAUAUUUAUGUAUGCUUUUACAAUGUCAUUUCAUCCUUUCCUGCAUUAAUCAAAUUAGUUUUAAUUAUUACCAUAUAUAAAUACUUAUAAGGUUUAAUUCUGUCCAAAUGUGCAAGGAUUUAGUUAUUCUUUCUCAGUGUAGAAAACGAAGGUUUUGAUUUUUCUUCUGGGAUGUUUUAUGGUCUGCACCUCAUAAUCCUACCUACCUUGUGCUUCCUUCAUGUAAGACGACAUACCUGCACUUUUACCCUUAUUCUAACUUUGUUUAAUCGUGUUAAAAACUGUCAUUUGACAUUUGAAAGGAAAUAUUUCUCUAUUGUUCUGCUCAUGAUAAAAUGAAGCAGAUCAUUCUGUGAGUGAUGUUGGACUCCUGCAAUACCCUGUAUUCAUGUUAUUUCAUUUCCUUUAAAUAUUCUUAGCUAAUAUUUUCUAAAUGUUCAUUUCUGCUAAUAUAUAAAACAAAUCUUGUCCCAUAAUUCAAACAAAAUGUAAUGACCUGCAUGAAAAUGACUAUAAAUAAAAACAUUUUGGAAAA